GUCUGGUCAGAUGCAAUCGGCUGGUCAGAAACGCAAGGCGGCGUCUGCCAAACAGCCUCAAGCGUCAAAGUCCCGUAAACGCCAGAAAUACUUUGAUUCCAGGGCCAUUUCUGUCGAGCCCACCAACGCUGUCUUGCCGGCCAAUGGAGAACUCAACGUCGCUUCCUUCUUGAGAGCCCGAGAGUUCGAGAUUGGUGCCCUUGAAAGGAGCAUGCAAAGGACUAGAGAUGCCCUGAGUCAAAGAGCUUUCCAGCAAGUCCCGAGGCACAUGCGACGACGGACAGCUAGUCACAAUGCUAAGAAGGUGCCAAAGCGGCUACGGGGGCGGGCAGAACGUGAGAUGAAGGACGAUAACACUCCAACGGUCACCAAGAGAACGCGGACUCCAUCCAAACGAUUGAGACUUCGACUCGGCACAGCAAAACGUAUACAGCAGUUAACUCAACAGAGAAAGACUGUUCGUCGAAAAAAGAAGGAGGCCAAAGCAAAUGCAAAGCAGACAGAUCCAGAAAAGCAUGUUUCCAUUGAGAGAAUACCGAGAGUGAAGAAGAAUACAUUGGCAAAGCCGCCCAAAGCCACCGUGAAGUUUCAAAGAAGGCAGGUAAACAAGACAUGGUUACCUACUCACCUUUGGCACGCGAAGAGAGCGCAUAUGACUCGGCCUAUAGAGCCAUUAUGGAAACUCGCAAUCCCACUGCGUCCAACAGAGAAGAGCUAUCGUCCUAGCCACCGUGCGGCCGGUGCUCACGGAUGUGUAGCGUGGGAUGUGAGCUAUAUGUCGACCGUUUCCUGCCAUGGUACCCAACCUGCAUUGGACAGUAUGCUCAAUGCUCUUGGCUUCUCUCCCAAAAACCUUUCGCCUAGCCUGCACAAGAAAUGGAAGUCGGGCACAAGGUUUGCUGAAGGGUGGGUUUAUGAGCGAGAUGGCAUCAAAAAGCCAGUUUCCCCUGUACAAAUCAUUUGGGUCAUGCGCCCAAAUUACAAGUCUACUAGCAACGACAAUACCAGCUCUCUAGACGCCAUGGACGUUGACGAGCAAAAUGGACAGGCAGGAGGUUCAAUGGGUCAGACGAACUGUAAGAGCAAACUUGAUCAUCACAUUCUGAUGCGACUACAUCCCGCGGCGUUCCACCAACUAUGGGAGGAAUUACUCAAGGUAGCAAAGAUGCAGAAACCGCAGGUCCUGGUAGAGGAUCUGCGCUUUGAGAUUGGAAGCAUUGAUGUCCAAGGCCCUGGGUCAACAGAAGCCUUGCUAGGCGUUCUUCGACCAUUCGUCGGCACAGAAAACCAAGCCGCGUCGACAUGGAAAUCUCUGGCUGGGUUGAACAACCCUGCUUCUUUACCGCAAAAUGCCGCUCUUUCGUUCGAUGUCAUCGAUCCAAGGCUCAACUACCCACCCAAGAGAACUCAAAUUAAUCCUGAUAAUACUCAACUAGAUGAACUUCUCGUUUCCUGGCCUGUGGACAAGUCUUGGACGCCUUCAACGCUAACAUCACAUCGCGACCGAUGGCGAGUCUGUGAUGCACUACCAUCACAAGGUGCUAUUAACCGUCGAAAGGCGCUUGCGCCUCCAGGCCAAAGCCCAGCUCUUACCCCAAAAGACCCUCAGAUCCCCGUUAUACUUCUUGCAUCAAGAGCGGAGAAAGGGUUCGGCUCGAACUGCGGCAACCCGCAAGGCACGUGGACUGUUCUACUGCCAUGGAAGUGUGUAGAUCCCCUUUGGCGAUCGCUCAUGUAUUAUCCCCUUUCUACCGGCGGAACACCACGCUUUGGUGGCUUAUAUCAAAAACAGCAAUUGGCCUUCGAACUUCAAGCGCCUUGGUUCCCCGGUGAUUUCCCUGGCACUGAAGCAGGCAAGGCAUGGGAAAGAACGGAGAGCGAGAAGCGCUUCGAUCAAUGGAUUCGGAGGCCACCAAAGCACAGGGUUGCUUGGGACCGGCUGGAUUUGGGACUUGGUCGGCGCGGGGAGAUUGGGUGUGGCUGGGCUUGUGAUUGGGAAUUUUUGUUUCAGAACCUUGAAGUACCCGAGGUACAGAAGGUGCCGAAUCAAGUCGAACAGCACGUCCAUGAAAGCAUCGAUGAGCCUUUACUUCUGACACAACGGCAACGCAAAGCUGCCGAAGCAAUAGCAGAAGUCAAAGCAAAUAGAGACGCAGGACCGCAAAGCCAAGAUGAAAGUGAGAUGACCCCUCCCCUCGUCGAGCGCGGAUAUACACAGCUCAGCCUGAGCGCGAGUAUCUCGCUAUGUAAGAAACCACAUUCGGCCGCUUUCCCCUCCGUCCCAGGAUUGAUGACUGUUCGCAUAAUGCUCCUUCACAAAGGAAGUCCGACACCCGCAGCGCGGAUAUACCGCUUGCCAUCGAUUCCAAGGCCGGCGAACAGUACCGAAGGACCCAAGAUCACCAACACGGAUCCUGAAUCGCAGGGACAGGACCAACCGCAAUCGUGGUCAUCCGAACCACCUCCAGCCCAGCCUCCGCCUGCCACGAGCACGACAGAUUCUUCAGUGCAUGCUAAUGCCGUGCGAGACCUACGCGCGCUCUGGAUCGCCCUCGAUGUCAAGGAUGACGUGUCCCACACAAAUGUACGCUUGCCCAAACAAAAGACCAAUAAAUUCGGACUCCCGCGAGCUCACCGAGUGUACGAUCGCGAAUCACUGGCCCAUAUCAAUGUGUUGCCGAAGAAUGCAUCACAAGAGAUCAUAGACCAAUUUGGUCCAAACAGUGCUUUUGGCCGUGGGGACGGUGAAAUCCCGAAAGGGCCACAAGUCCAGGCAAAAGCCGUGCCGACCCAGAAAGGAAGAGGCACGGCCAAGGCCGGCGCACAAGCACAAACACAGACACGGGGUGACAAGAAGCAAGUUGAGAGUGUUUACCUCGACGCAGACGAUGAUGCAGGAAUAUCUGCGCCUCUCGAAGCAUUCCAAGACCUGAUCGAUACGCCACCCUUGGAGGACGAAUGGUCGAAACACCCGCCCUGUCCGGAUGCGCAUGAUUUGAUCGGCUUUGUGACUUCCGGAGGGUACAAUCUCGCCGAGGGUCGCGGUACGGCCGUGGGAUCGAUCUGGGCGCAGCGACUCGUCGAAGGAUGGAAACAUGACGAUGACCUGGUGGUCAAGACAAAGGAACAAGAGAGACGGGCAAGAUUGUGCAUUGUGCGUAAUGCUGGUGAGAGUAUUGGACGGUUGGGCAUAUGGGAGAUUUGUGGAUGAUUCCUGUGAUAAAUCUGGCAAAAAUCGGUCCCACCCUACUUGAAUCCA